AGAACUUUGAUUUCUACACUCCAUAGCCGUAACCUACCACAGCCAUGCCAUCUUCCGCUGUCUUGUUUCCAAGCUUUGUUUGGUUUCUAUACCUCUUUUGCUUCCUUUGCAGCCUACCACUAGCCAUCUGCAAGGAAACUGAAAAUGAUAGACAGGCCCUCCUUUGCUUCAAGUCCAGACUCUCAGGCCCAGCACGAGUUUUAGCUUCAUGGAGCAAUAAGUCCUUUGAUGUUUGCGAGUGGCAUGGGAUCACCUGCAGCAAACCGUAUCCUCGCCGUGUGAUUGCGCUGGACCUCGAGUCGGAAGGCAUAUCAGGCUCCAUAUCACCUUGCGUUGCUAACCUGACUUCUAUUACAAGGCUGCAGCUGUCAAACAACAACUUCAGUGGUGGCAUACCAUCGGAGAUUGGCCUCCUGCGCCGUCUCCGUGAGCUCAACCUCAGCAGGAACAAUUUGGAAGGUAACAUACCGCCAUCUUUGGGCACCAGCCCUUCUCUCACAUAUGUCAAUCUUGGGGUGAACGCUCUAACAGGGGUCAUCCCGGAGUCCCUGGCAUAUAGUUCAUCCUUCCGAAUACUUUGGCUCAAUGGCAAUAGUCUUGGUGGAAAACUGCCAAAGGCUCUCUUCAACUCAUCAUCUCUUGUUGACAUUUCCCUCCAACAGAACAACCUUGUUGGUUCCAUACCUGUUGUUACUGCCACCUCUCCCCCUAUUGAAUACCUCGAUUUAAGUGAUAAUCAUAUUUCAGGAAAAAUACCUUCCUCACUAGGGAACCUUUCCUCCCUUGUGGAUCUUCGUCUUACGGGGAACAAUUUAGUCGGGAGCAUACCAGAGAGCUUAGGUCAUAUCUCACCUCUGCAGAUACUGGCAUUGACUGCCAACAACUUGUCUGGGACAGUUCCACCAUCUCUCUUCAAUAUGUCAUCUCUGACAUUUCUUAGCCUAGGAAACAACUCGCUUGUUGGAAGGUUACCCCCUAAUAUUAGCUACACACUCCCGAAUAUUCAGACAUUAGUGCUCUCAACAAACAAGUUUGAAAGCCCAAUCCCAGCUUCUCUUCCAAAAGUUUACAACCUUCGUCAGCUUUACUUGUAUAACAACACACUAACUGGGUUCAUACCCUUCUUUGGGUCAUUGCCAAAUUUGGAGGAACUUGAUUUGUCAUACAACAGGCUAGCAACAGGAAACUGGGGAUUUAUGUCUUCACUCGCAAAUUGUACCAGGUUGACUAAGCUGCUGUUGGUUGGGAACAAUCUUCAAGGCAAAAUGCCAAGUUCGAUAGGCAAUCUUUCUGAUAGUCUUGAGUGGCUUUGGCUAAGGGAAAACCAAAUUUCUGGGCCUAUACCACAAGAGAUUGGCAAUCUUAAGAGCCUCACUAGGGUUUACAUGGAUUACAAUCUUAUCACUGGAAAUAUACCACCAACUAUUGGUAAUUUGCACCGCUUGGUCCAUCUAUCUUUUGCACACAACAAACUGUCAGGGCAAAUCCCAGAUACUAUUGGUAAUCUUGUUAAGCUAAUUUCAUUGAAACUGGAUGAGAACAACAUUAGUGGAAGGAUACCUGCAAGUAUAGGAAGUUGUACUCAACUCGAGGAACUCAACCUUCGUCAGAACUCACUAGGUGGGAGUAUAUUUUAAGAAAAACUGUAAUGCGGAAACUUUAAUGUAAUAUUGUUUUGCACAAAGUUGAUGCAACCCUUUUGACCUCUCCUAUUUGCUCCCUCUGUUUCUUUUUAGUCUGCAGAUAAAGUUUGGUCAAAGUCAAGCUUUGUAAAGUUUGACUAACUUUAUAUUAAUAAAAACAUCAACCUUCACAAUAUAAAUAAUCAAUAUUAUCAGAUGAACCAUGAAAUGUAUACUCAUACUAUACAGUUUUAGUAGUAUUGUAAAUGUUCAUACGUUUUGAUAUCAAUUUGGUCAAACUUUGUGUAGUUUGACAUUGACCAAAUUUUAUAUGCUGGCCAAAAAGAAACCGUGGGAGCACAUACUUUGAUGAACCCAUAUAUAAUUUAUGCAGAAUGCCCAGAAAUCCAUGUGAAAUCAUCGGCACAGUAGUUGUGUAGCCAAUUACGGUUAGUAGGGUGUUUUGUCUUCUCUCUACGUCUUCACUUCAGUGUUGUUCUGAUGGAUGAAGAUAACCAAUACUUUCAGUUUCAAUGUGUGCACCUUCCAGUUACGCCAUGCGCUACUUACUCUCCGACGAGUGUUCUCGUGUUCUUAAUUGAUUGAAACUAGAUUGUUGGAACUCUCCCAAAGUGUCGAUCACAUCGAAACACACGAAUGCACGCGAACAAAAACUUUUGCCAAGGGUACGUCUCGUACCCUCUAAUAGGCGCAAAAUCAACCGACCCAAGCUUAACGAGCCGAGCUUUAACGAGCGCGAGCUGAACGAGUCGAGCAACUCGGUAAUCCCACCCCUAAUCACGGACUAGGACUCAACAGCUAACACGAACUAGUACUUUUCCAAUACAAAAGUAGCUUUCCUAACACAGCACGACUAGCACUUCUAUUUUGACUCACACGUGGCUUUACAAAGCCAGGACACUUCCCUAAACUAAUCACCGGCAAGCCCGAUCACUUCCUAAUCGUCCAGAACUAGCCUACACAGUAAUACCUUUUUGAGUUGCCAUGCAUGCAACGCACAUUGCACCUACCCUUUUUUUUACUAAUAAUAAAGCAAGGUGAUAUUCUUGGUUUCGUCCUUCUUAUAGGUUCUCUGCAAAAUUUUCAGUCCCUUCACAUAUAAUUUCGUGCCUCGUUUAUUGAACAUAUAAUGAUUCCUUUUUGCCCUUGAGGGCGUAUUGCUGCUGUUAAUUGGGCCGGUUUACCAUCCGUAUAGACACAGGCAAACGUUGCUACCACUUGCCGGACGUGUAAAAAAACUAAAAAUUUACUAUCCAGUGAUAUUACCUCUUAUUUAAGCUAGUCACAACAAUUAUCACUUUGAUGCUCCAAAAGAUAACUACGUAAGCAGGUUCUUCCAGCUGGGUUCCUACCUGCUACAAACAUUAAAAACGGUUACAUGAUGGAACACAACAAGCUUAAUGUCUUCUUUUUAAUUUGUUGGCAUGCACAUUUAUUUUGAGGUCUCUAUCAUGGUGGCCCAA